UGUUCGAAAAUCGAGUGUCUUCACAUAUUCCUUCGGAAAACUCGGCCCCUGCAUGUCCAGCGAGUCUGAUCCUACACGCAAAUUGCGACCCGGCUUUUCGCGCAUGUCGUAUUUUGACGUUUUGGCUUUCCAUCUGCACGAAUAGUCGUCGGCAGGAUGCGAUUCUUUGGCGCGAUUGCUGUCCUUCUUCUGUGGGGAGUCAUCGAACAAGUGGCAGGUCGUAAAUACUUUACCAUAGUUUUCAUGACCAACCAGACGAAGGUCUACCCUGACAACGGACUUUUGGUGACCAAAACUCCCGUAGAAGACGUCCAAAACUUAACGUACCUCGAGGACGUCGAUUCGGAUACCUAUUUUUUUUGGGGCAAGAUAUCAUGGCAACAAGAUGAUGGUAAAACGACGCCUGUUAAAGUACUGAAUCACUCCGAUGGACAAGACAUUUGCGAGGAACGGAAAAACGGUUCUUGGGAGGCGCUGGCGGGGAGAAUAAUACGGAGAACGUGGCUUCCAUUGUCUGUUUGUCCCGUCCAUGCAGGCCAUUACAAGUUAAGAACAAAAACAGUCUUUGGAGCACAUUUGAACGAGAAGCUUGCAGCCCGGCCACCUAUUCUCUACCUGUUGGAUGUGGAAGUCGCAAGUUCUGACAGGAGGAGAAAAAUUUUUGAUGCAACGUACCUCAUCCAGAUUGGGUGAUCUGGAACAGUAUAUCUUCGAACACUCUCUGCCUUUAAUUUUAAAAAAUAGCCUGUUCACUUACUGGAAAAUCGACCAAUAAAAUUCUUCACUAUUUCGAA